AUGGAGAAACAAAAGUCGGCCACAGCUGCCAAAAAGACUGCCAGUCGCCAAUCUGACAGCAAAGGGCAUAACAUUCGUCCUCCCAACCAGUAUAUUGCCGUCAAGAGACAAGAAGCUAUCGAGGCCGUCAUGUCUGCAUUCAACAUGUGGUUACACAAACAACUCUCGGUGGUAUCUUGUGCUGUUGAGGCUACUGACGGAUCCGAUCCAACCCCUAGCGGGUCCAAUACUCGCGACUCGAGUACCAGCAAGUCCAGUGGAACUUCUGGUCGCAGCCGCUCCAAGAGGCAAUUGAGUGAUGAUGGCGACGACAAAAACGGAGCCUCCGAGGGCGGAGAUGGUGACAAACACGACGGGGACAGAGGUGGAAAUAAACGUGCAAAGAAAGACGUCGGAGCCAAGUUGUUUGCCUGUCCCUUCUACCAGCAUGAUCCAACAUUGGCUUGCUGUUCAAGAGCAUGUGCGGGACCAGGCUGGCCUAGUAUACAUCGCCUCAAGCGGCAAUAUCGGCUGACCCCAACUGAUCUUAGGGAACAUCUCACUCGGGUGCACCGACUUCCCAAAUACACUUGCCCUCGCUGCUGUGACCCCAUGGACGACCAGUCAAAACUCAAUGACCACCCAAGGUCGGAUACGCCUUGUGAAAAAAGGGACGUCACUCGAAUGCAGGGCAUCAACGAUGCACAAGAUAAGAAGCUUCGUGAAUGCCGCAAGACAACCGGCACCCUGACUGAAGAGCAGAAGUGGCUGGACAUUUACAUGAUUCUAUUUCCAGAAGCUAACCCAAAGGCCUUGCCAAGUCCAUACUAUAGCAGAGGUCAUCUGGGGAACUCUGCCAAGUCAGCGGCGCAGUGGAAGAAGAUGAAGAAGCACAUUGAAGAAAAGCUACCUCUAGCUGUGAGGACACGCGUUGAGCAGCGAUUCGCCGGGGCCCAAGUAAGCAACAGCCUCUCUCCCACUCACUGA